GGGAGAACUAGCUCAGCAGCCCCCCUUGGGUUGUAACUCCCCACUGUCUCCUGUGCGCAUCGCAGCCGCAAGUGGCUUUCCCUGCUGGGCUUCUGACAACACUGUGUCUAACUUUUAUUGCAGGGUUUUCUGCCUGCCCCUCUGCGCCCAGCUGAUGGGAGAGCUCCUGGGCCAAUGCCCAUUCCGUGCUGUCUGACCAGCCUUGACUUGAUCCUGCGACUUGGCGCACCUUUACAAUGGCCCUAACCUUGUUUGAUACUGAUGAAUACCGACCACCUGUUUGGAAAUCUUACUGUAGAGAACAGACCCAAAUAUUAUGGAAGAGAAUUCCAUGGUAUGAUCUCAAGAGAAGAAGCCGACCAAUUAUUAAGUGUUGCAGAGGGAAGUUAUCUCAUUCGUGAAAGCCAACGGCAACCAGGAACCUACACUUUGGCAUUAAGAUUUGGAAAUCAAACCAGAAACUUCAGACUCUACUACGAUGGAAAACACUUUGUUGGGGAGAAACGUUUUGAGUCCAUCCAUGACCUGGUGACAGAUGGAUUGAUUACUCUUUAUAUUGAAACCAAGGCAGCAGAAUAUAUUGCCAAGAUGACAAUAAAUCCAAUUUAUGAACACAUAGGAUAUACAACCUUAAACAGAGAGCCAGCACACAAAAAACAUAUGCCAACCCUGAGAGAUACAUAUGAUGGCAAAGAGUCUACAGGAGAAGAUGAGGUAGCAGAGAAAAGGUUGACAUCACUUGUCAGAAGAGCAACCCUGAAAGAAAAUGAACAUAUUCCAAAAUAUGAAAAGGUUCACAAUUUCAAGGUUCACACGUUCAGGGGUCCACACUGGUGUGAAUACUGUGCCAACUUUAUGUGGGGCCUCAUUGCUCAGGGAGUAAAAUGUGCAGAUUGUGGUUUAAAUGUUCACAAGCAGUGUUCCAAGAUGGUCCCAAAUGACUGCAAGCCAGAUCUAAAGCAUGUCAAAAAAGUGUACAGCUGUGACCUUACAACGCUAGUAAAAGCACACAUCACUAAAAGGCCAAUGGUGGUAGACAUGUGUAUUAGAGAGAUUGAAUCUAGAGGUCUUAAUUCUGAAGGACUAUACAGAGUUUCAGGCUUUAGUGACCUAAUUGAAGACGUCAAAAUGGCAUUUGACAGAGAUGGGGAAAAAGCUGAUAUUUCUGUGAAUAUGUAUGAAGAUAUCAAUAUUAUCACUGGUGCACUUAAAUUGUACUUCAGGGAUUUGCCAAUUCCGCUUAUCACGUACGAUGCCUACCCAAAAUUUAUAGAUUCUGCAAAAAGCAUGGAUCCUGAUGAACAGUUGGAAACACUUCAUGAAGCAUUGAAACUACUGCCACCUGCACACUGUGAAACCUUAAGGUAUCUCAUGGCACAUUUAAAGAGGGUAACCCUUCAUGAAAAGGAGAAUCUUAUGAAUGCAGAGAAUCUUGGCAUUGUUUUUGGACCAACCCUUAUGCGAGCACCAGAACUAGAUGCAAUGGCUGCACUGAAUGAUAUCCGUUACCAGAGACUUGUGGUGGAGAUGCUUAUAAAAAAUGAAGACAUUUUAUUUUGAAUAUUUUGUUUUGUUCUUUCUAAAAAAGGAAACAACAAUAUUCUGUGGAGGAAGGAAUAUUUUAAUGUAAUUUAACUGGCUCUUGUAGCUGAAUUCCAUAUUUGCUAGAGCUUUUGAUGUAUACAGGAUAAAAAUGAAGGAACUCAGUGUCGCUUCUGUAGUGCCAUUCAGCUGAUGUUGAAAAAAGGUUAACACAUUUUCCAGUACUAGUUAUCCUGGGUGUUUAUCAUGUUUAAAGCAAAAAUCUAAAGCUCGAUUGCAUGAUUGGCUUCCUGUUCUCCCUGUUUUGAUGAAGAUCUUUCUGCAAAAGAAACAAGAGAACCGGUGCAGCAUCUUUUAUAAGCAUCUUUGUUCUGGAUAGUAUGUGAUUGUAAUUUAGCAUGUUUCUCAGUGUAAACCUAUUGUGAAUUUGCUUUUAUGUUCUAUGUAAUUGGUUUCUGAUACUAAAAAAGAAUGAUUUCUGUGAAAUGGGGCUUCUGGCUGUAUGUUGACAUUUCCUAUCAUUGUUUUCCCACUUUCUUGGGUGAUUUCUUCCUGGUUUCUCUCAGUUCUUUAACAUGUAGUGAUUUGUUUUUAACAGAAACAAAAUGUGUACUUUGUCACUUUAAGUAAUUCUUCACGCCUUUUAUCGUGGUUGCAGUAAAAUCUGCAACACUGUACAAUAUUUCCUUUAUUGUUGUUUCAAUUGUAAUUUUGUAUUUUUAUCUGGCAUGCAUAUAUUAAUUUAUUAAAU